GACUGGGAGCAUUUGUGCAACUCGACUCCAUCUCCCUCCCUCUCUCGCGCUCCUCCUGGCCAAAACUGCUGUGCUCCUCUAGUGCGCUUCAUUCAGACGGAUAACUUCAGAAACAUGGCUCUACCAAGCACUUCACUUUUACUGUUUGUUCUUCAAAUGUGCGCUGUUGCGUGGCAAGCUUGGGCGCUGGUGGAUCUGAGGAUGGAGGACACUAUAGAGGUUUACAUGGACGAGUCUGCAGAGAUCCCCUGCCUGUACACCUUCACCGCGAAACCCACUACGGUGAUGGUGCAGUGGUUUGUGCGGGGACGUGAAGGUAAUCGGGUAAGGAUCUCCUACAGCGAUCUGACCAUGCAGAAGGUGGAUGAGAACACAAUCUACAGUGAUCGUAUCAGUGUGCAAUCAAACAGUGAUGGAGAAACUCUGAUCAUUCAGGACGUUAAGCUGUCUGAUGAGAGAGAGUUUUUCUGUCAGGUCAGUGGGUUUGCGGCAGGCAAUGGAGAGGCCAAGACUCUCCUGAAGGUUUUUGACCCCCCAGAGCCUCCUGUCAUUGAAGGUGUCCUCUCUGGAGUUUCUGUGUCCAGUGACUCCCUAGCUAAGAUUGCAUCUUGUGAAACCAGAGAUGGCUUUCCCAAGCCAAACAUCACAUGGUACCGUGAUCACAUCCCCAUCCACCCUGCUAAUGGCUUGGUGAAUGUUGUAACACUAGUGACAAGGGAAUCCAGUGGUCUAUAUACAGUACAGAGUGAUUUGCAUUACAAGGUGACCAAGGAAGACAAAGACGCCCACUUUUCCUGUGAAGUCAGCUACUUUGUCCCAGCAGCUGUCAGGACAUCUGAGUCCAAAGGCAUCAAUAUUACAGUUCACUAUCCAACAACCAGCGUGGAGAUAUGGAAAGAAUCGCCUGAGGGCUUGGUCAAAGAGGGGGACACAGUGGAGAUCCGUUGCCAAGGCGAUGGGAACCCCCCAGCACCCAUCAUUUUCAACCGAGAACAAUCAGAUGCGGAGCUGGAUUCGUAUCAUGGGAUGCUGGUCCUGAAGGAGGUGUCUCGGGCAGACAGCGGUGUGUAUGAAUGUCACUCUCUGGACCUGGAUGCAGUGAACCAUGAUGAGGUGGUGGACACCCUACAGCUCAUUGUGCAUUAUCUGGACCCAGCUGUGGUGAUGCCCAAAGACUCAGAGGUCAUGCUGAAAGGAGAGAGUCUGACAGCCACCUGCAAUGCCCUGUCGUCUUUAGAGACCUCUACUGUGUGGUUUAAGGAUGGGAUUGAGGUCGGAAGAGGACACACAAUGCAGCUGCUAGACGCCACAUUUGACACAGCUGGACAGUAUGACUGUGAAGUGACUGUACCGUCUCUUCCAGGCCUGCUGACCAGAGGUUCUGUCCACAUCAUCGUACAGGGUCCACCUCAGAUGAAAGAUGCUGAAAGGGAAAUUGAGCUGACAGAAAAAGUCGGGGAGUGGUUAAAUUUGAGCUGUGAGGUGAGAGGUCACCCUAGACCCGCCAUCACCUGGAGCAUCACUGGCAGCCCGAACUGGCGUGAUGAUGUUAAAAGAGAGACGGAGGAGCAAAUUCACAGCGUUUUGACGCUUAAAGUUACCACUGACACUGUUGCUAUCUGCAAUUCAACAAAUGACUUUGGAAUAGAGACCAAGACCUACAACAUCAAGAGCAUUCCUUUCUCCCAGAGUCCAACGGCUAGAAAAACUUCAGUCGAUAAUAGUGGAGUGAUUAUUGUGGUGAUUAUUGUGAGCAUCCUGUUGCUGGCCAUCCUGGGCAGUGUCUUCUACUUUCUGUAUAAAAAGGGCAAGUUACCCUGUGGACGCUCAGGGAAGCAAGAAAUCAUUAAUGCCUACAGCACCAAGGAGAAGACUAACAGAGAUGACAUCGUCGUAGAGAUGAAGGCAAAAAAGACGGAGGAGUCUGUGCUAUUGAAGGGCGUCAAUGGAGAAAAGAAACCUCUUAAUGACCAGAACAACACCCUUAGCUCAUAAACGGAGGCUUGUCGGCGACUAAAGAUGCUGUCUGUACCUCCCUGCUGACCCAACAAUUAAGUCUUAAGACCUCUUGUGGAGCAGCCACGUCCUCUGGAUAAAGUGGACUGUACUUUUGUAUCUUGUGUGAGAGCAGCAGUAUUCAUGCUUGGAUAAAUGGGAUGUAAGCGAGCUGAUCCAUAAAGGAAGAUUGUUCUCUAUUUUCUACUGUUCUCCAAUGUUUUUCUUCAACCAUUGACCAAUUCAAGGUUUCCAUGAUAAACAAGCAAAGUGAAUUACUGAGAAAAGUGGUCGUAAAAACAUUCUUAGACCCUGUCUGCACUGAUGCUGUCUAAACUGGAUGCAACGCUUCGGCUACGUUCACACUGUCAGUCCAAAUCCGAUUAUUUGUGUAUCUGAUUGGAAUCUGAUCUAAAAUUAUUGACUGUCCACACUGUGUAUCGCAAAAUCCGAUCAGAGCAGUCAAACUGAAACAGAUUUCCAGAAAUGCGAUUUGAAUAGGAUUUCAAACCACAUAUGAAUGUAGAUUGAAACGUAAUUGUAAAUCGCAUUUAAUGUGAUUUUUUGCUGUUCACACUUGCUAAAUCUGAUCGUUUUUCAACCGAUUAUGCAAAAACAAUUUGGACUGACAGUCUGAAGGCUUUAGGCUACAUUCAGAUGGUAAGUCUAAAUCUGAUUUUUGUGCAUAUCCGAUUGAAACCUGAUGAGAUUUAGCAAGUGUGAAUGGCAAAAAAGCACAUGAAAUGCUAUUUUUACAAAUCUGUUUUGAGCUACAUUCAUGUGGUUUGAAAUCAAAUUCAAAUUGCAUUUCUGGAAAUCCGUUUCAGUCUGACUGCUCGAUCGAAACAUUUUUCUCACAUUUUUCGCCACGUAAAAAAAAAAACGUAAACAUUAGACGUUGUUAGGAAACAUGCUAAAAGUCACAGCAGAAACAAGGUUGUGUUGUUGCAUAGUGCUGGACAUGCAGAAAAUGACAAUAUAACGGAGACAUGUUUUGAGACCGUAAAGUCAAUAAAGCCGCUCAUACCAGCCUCUUACAACAUCUGUAUUGCAAACCCCUCCAUGUUGAGGUUGUUGUUGUUGUUUUUGACAUAUGCCUACCAACGCAACCUCAAUGCCAUAGAAACCAACGCAGAUAUUUCGGAAAACGGAAAAGCGGCAUGGACACACAAAUCGGAUCUGAAUAUUUGCGAUACACAGUGUGGAUCAGAUUCCAACUGGAUAUACAAAUAAUCAGAUUUGAACUGACAAUGUGAACGUAGGCUUAUGGGGCGUUCACACCAGACGUGACUUUUUGCGCGUAGUUGGACGCUUGAAUAUUUUGAGUUUACUCGCUUCACUUGCGCGUGAAAUUCACUUCACAACAGACAUGAAUUCGCGUCAUGUCUCCUCUCUCUUAAAUAUAUAUCCCUCAGACUCUUCCACUUCUUUCUGCACACUUCCUCUGAAUAAACACAUCAACUCGUCAGCGGGAAAGUAGUUGUAAAAUACGGCAAAUAAGCUCAAUUUGCCGGCUUUAGCUGGCUUGUAGUCUCAAUGUGUAUAUAUAUAUAGCUCAAAUUGAGUAAAGAGCGUUUUUUACAACUUACCAGAUUGUCCGACCUCCUCACUCACUUUCUUCCAAGCAAGAUCCUUAUAAAAGUACGAAGAUGUAUCGUACAGCGACAAUGAUUUUGUCCUCCAUUGUUGUUUCGGAUUUCUGCCUCGCGGUGCGAAUAUUUGCCAAAGUUCAGAUUUUUCAACUCGUGCGGUUCACACGAAUCACGCGUCAAACGCCAGAAACUCUCAGUUCGCACCACGUCAUUCACGCAAAUCGCGCCGCAGUAUGUCUAUCGCUUCUUUGCAUUGACUUAACAUGUAAAUCACUCGCGCUUAAUGCUUCAUUCAUGUCUGGUGUGAACGCUAGUGUCGCCGUCAUUAAACGGUUGGCCCGUUCUAGUGCUGCAUACUCCUUAUGGUGCGUUAAGCGCGAGUGAUUUACAUGUUAAGUCAAUGCAAAGACGCGAAUAGACAUCCUGCGGUGCAAUUCGCGCGAAUGAGGCGGUGCGAAUGACUAGGCGCAAAUUGAGCGUUUUGGCCGUUUGACGCAUGUAACGCGUGAUUUGCGCGAAUCGCGCAAGUUGAAAAAUCUGAACUUUGGUGAAAAUUCGCGCCGCGUUAACCAAUCAGGAGCUUGCUCUAGUAGUGACGUGAUUACGACGUAGCGAGAGGAGGCAGAAAUCCGAAACAACAAUGGAGGACAAAAUCAUCGUCGCUGUAUGUGGAUACCCGGAGCUGUACGAUACAUCUUCGUACUUUUAUAGAAACAGGAAUAAAAAGGAUCUUGCUUGGAAGAAAGUGAGUGAGGAGGUCGGACAAUCUGGUAAGUUGUAAAAAAUGCUCUUUACUCAAUUUGAGCUGGCAAAUUGAGCUUAUUCGGCGUAUUUUACAACUACUUUCCCACUGAUGAGUUGAUGUGUUUAUUCAGAGGAAGUGUGCAGAAACGAGACUGGCAGGAGCCCCUCUCAUGACACAAAUUUGCGUCUGUUGUGAAGUGAAUUUCACGUGAAUGAAGCAAGUAAACUCAAAAUGUUCAAGCGUCCAAGUACGCACGAUUUAUUCACGCAAGUCGCGUCUGGUGUGAACGCCCCAUUAUGCUAGUUUCAACAACAGGAAAAGUGGAUUUGGAGCAGUCCAAUGUAGACAGCCUCAAGCUUUUGCGAUGCUACACGACACAAAUUGCAGCAUUGAUUUAAAUGUAAAAAUGCUUUUACAGACUAAAUUCUUUUUGCUUGUUUAACGAAUGAGACACAGUGUCUUUUUUACAGAGACUUUCCUCACUGCAGCCUGUAGAGCAAUGACAUACUACAUUAAAUCCAUUGUGUGAUUGUUCCCCCAAACCAGUUCAGCACAAACUUCGCCCCACAGCCGAUUCUAAAGAUUUCAUUACUGAUGUCAAUCACAGUGCCGAUUGCCUACACAACACUACAACAAAUACUAACCCAUAAACCUACUGGAUUCAAUCCAGUACAUCAUCACGAUACAGACUGCAGUGAGGACAUCUUGUUUUUAGACCACAAAAAUGUAUAUAUUAUAAAUAUGUUUUAUUGAUCCUAUUUGUGACCCAAUUCGUUCUAGUUGUGCUUUUCUAAGCUCUGUUCAGAUUUAGUUUUGCAAUCCUUGCAUAACGCCGCAGGAAAAAAAAAAGUGAUUUUCAUAUGGCGAAAUUUGAUUUUGUUUCCUAUGUACAGUACAGAACAGUUUCAUGUCUUCUGAUAUUCCAGUAAAUCCCAAUGGACCAAAUAAUACAUGCAAAUUCCAUUUCAAAGGCUGUUAAAAACCCACGUGAAGACAUUGAGAAUAACAGAUGCGUAGUCUUCAUAUACACACAGCCCUUCACAAUAUUAAGAAACCCCAUUCAACUUGGCAGUAAACCGAGUAAAUGGAUAAACAUGACCAUGAUUCAGCCAAUGAAACAGAGCUGACACUUAAUAGUGUGUACGGUCCAACUCAAACUACUGCAGAGCUCAUUCACUGUUUGUAAAUAGUCGUAGGGAAGGAAAUUGUAGCUCUUUGUGUUUUGACUGCUGAGGGGAAUUGCAGCUCCCUCUGUUUUUGCCUCAACUGCAGUGCCUGCGGAAAUGUGUCUUCAUUUCACAUCAAUGUUAGUUACACUGUAACCUUUGUGUACGUCUUGUUCGUUUUGCGCAUGUCUCUGAAUUUGGUGAGGGGAAAGUUUUGUUGUUUUCAUAAAUGCCAAGCAUAAUUAAGUUUUAUAAAAAGACGCAGUAUGUUUUAACCCGAAAACUUUUGGCUCCUUAAAGAAUUUUGUUUUAGACUUUUGUUACUAUCAUUCAGUCGUCAAUGUGAUUUGUUCUAAUGUACAGAGUUUUUCUUGUUUCAUGUUGUUGAGUGUGGCUGAUAUGAUGGCUUUGGCUUUUACAUUUGUUCAAUAAGGACAUCAUGACACACACAUGUUAUCUACAUCAGUGCUUGAGGAAGCUGAACCUAAUAUCUUCAGGACUGUUGUUAAAACACUAAACCACACUUGGACAAUUCAGAUUUGAUUAUAGCUGUGCUCAUGCAUUCUUUUAGCCUGUGUUAGUUAAAUACCAUCAAAAAAUCGAAAAAGUAGGCUGAUGUUGUCCAUUUUUGUGUCAAAAGUUGCAUUUUAAUAAUCUUUACGUUCUUUAAAUAUAAGUGUGUGACUGUCAGAACACUGUUGAACCACUGCAUUCUACACUGGCACCUUUUCCCUGCCUGUCCUUGUGAGCAAAUUAUUUUGUAAUAGCGCAAACUAUCAUUCUCAUUGUAGAUUUUUCGCAAACAGUUACGCAAUGUUUUAUGUUUUGAUUUCACUUAUGGAUGUAAAUUAAGUACUUGUGGUUUGAUGCGUUUGAUGCUUGCUUUUUUUAUAUAAAUUUUGGCCAAAAAAAAUAAAGAUAUGUUACAUUCAA